UUAUCGUGUUCUCACUGUUCCAAUCAAUACCGCAGUGGGUGUGUCAAAUUUUUAUACUAAUUCUCAGUACAGUCUAGUCACUCGUUGUAGCAGAAAACUGUGUUAACAUGUCUCAAAUGAACUGGCCCGCUAUCGGUUGCACUAUUUUACCAAAUGUUGGGGGGGUAGCUGGUGGAAUAUUUGCACGCAAAAGCGUAGAAAACUGGUACGCAACGCUAAAAAAGCCGGAAUGGAGACCUCCAAACGCUGCAUUUGGACCCGUCUGGACUUCCCUUUACUCUAGUAUGGGAUACGCUUCUUACUUAGUCUACCGUGACGGAGAUGGGUUCAAUGGUCCUGCGAGACUGCCCUUAAUUGUGUAUGGUAGCAAUGUCUUAUUAAACUGGGCAUGGACACCCAUUUUCUUUGGAGCCAAAGACCCACAAUUGGCGUUGGCUGAGAUUCAACUAGUAAACCUAACGGCGCUUGGAACUGGAUAUUUAUUUUAUAAAAUAAAUCCUAUAGCUGGAUACCUAAUCAUUCCAUACUGCUUGUGGUUAGGACUAGCUACAGCAUUAAACUAUGUCAUAUGGAGGGACAAUAAAGAUAGUAAGCCAAAAAUAACAGAAGUCAAAGAGAAGUAAAGUUUUAAAAGCGAUUUAGAUACAUUAUUAUUGAAUAAAACAUUUUAUGUAAAAUGUAAUAAUUUUACUUUUUUAGAAGUACCUACACAGUUAGUAUUUUUCUGUUUGGUGGUAAUAUAGUUAUUUCUAAAUA